CAAAGUUAAGAGUGAUCAGCUUACAAACGGCGGACAUGGUCCGUGCAUGGCACCCCUGACAUUUCUCCACAAUUCGGAAUACCCCAAAUUGAACCCGAAAGGCAAUUCCUACCUUGUACCUAAGUACCUCACCAUCUAAUGCCGAUGGCGAUGACGUCGCUAAGACGUGAGCUAUCACGAAAGACAUCCCACUUCCAACAGAGUCAUGUAAGGUCAACUAGCUCGUCAAUGCCCUCGAAAUGGCGGCCAAAUCAAGCUCGAUCCUCCGCCGGGCUCUUCUCUACGGCAAGUAACCCUAACCCAACCCCCCUCCACCCAAACCCUCUAACCGCACCUCAGUCCCGGCAUCCUCCCCCCGCAUGCUCACCAAGUCCCUCGGCCUAACCAGCGACAACAUAACCUACGACCUCGAAGACUCCGUAACCCCAACCGCCAAACCUUCCGCCCGCGCCGCCCUACGCGCACACCUCCUCGCACACCCCACGCGCCCCCCCACCGUCUCCGAGCUCGCCGUGCGCGUCAACCCCGUCUCAUCGCCGUACCUCGAAGCAGACCUCGCCUCAGUAUCCGUGCUGCCUAACGUCGACGCCAUAGUCGUGCCAAAAGUAAAUAGCGCCUCCGAGCUGCGGCACGUAUCGCAAGUGCUAACGCACCACGUCCCGUCCUCACGCCUGCCCAAAAUAAUCGCAUUAAUCGAGUCCGCGCGCGCCGUCAUGGAUUUACGGGAGAUAUGCGCCGAGGCUCCGGGGCUGCUCGACGGGUUGAUAUUCGCGGCGGAGGACUUCGCGCUGGAUUUAUCGAUCACGCGGACGCCGGACUUGAAGGAAUUUCUGUACGCGCGGUCCGCGAUUGUGACGGCGGCGCGGGCGGCGGGGUUGUCGGGUGUGAUUGAUCUGGUUUGCACGUCGUAUAAAGGGGAGGAAGGGCUUGCGCGGCUGGAGGAGGAGUGUCGUGGAGGGAAGGCGAUGGGGUUUAAUGGCAAGCAGUGCAUUCACCCGUCGCAGGUCGAGACGGUGCAGCGCCUGUUCGCGCCGUCGGAGAAGGAGGUGGAGUGGGCUGUUAGGAUCACCAUUGCGGAUGAGAAAGCCGCCGCUGCGGGGAAAGGGGCAUGGACCUUGGACGGGGCUAUGAUUGACGCCCCUGUUGCUGGAAAGGCGAAGGCGAUAGUCGACAAAGCGCAGCGAUGUGAUAUAGAUGUGAAGAGCUUACAAGAAAAAUGGAAGGACCAGGAGCCCGAAUGAAUUAAGCAUCGACACAAUUCACUUCAAAAUGUACGUGUAGCUUAUAACUCUG